AUGUGGUGGCUGCUGGCUGUGUUCAGCUGUGUGCUGAUGGUGCUGCUGAUCAUCUUCUUGCUCACCACCGGGAAGCGCCACAAUGUCUUCAGCGAGAAGUGUGUGAGACCACCGGGACCCUUGGUGACAGACGCCAAACAGAGGGACGAGAGGCUAAAGAAAGGCUUUCGUGUGGACCGCAUCCCCCCGGCUCUGGAUGCAGUGGUGAUUGGCAGUGGCGUGGGAGGCCUGGCGGCGGCGGCGCUUCUGUCCAAGGCCGGGAAGAGAGUGGUGGUGCUGGAGCAGCACGAUCAGGCCGGAGGCUGCACACACACCUUCCAGAAUAAGGGCUUUGAGUUUGACGUGGGCAUCCAUUACCUGGGCCAGCUCCAUGACAACAGCCUGCUGAGAGUGGCCCUGGAUCAGAUCACCGAGGGACAGCUGCAGUUCACACGGCUGGAGGAGCAUUUUGAUACGCUGAUCCUGGGUCAGGAUGACACACGCAGAGAAUAUCACAUCCACGCAGGGAAGACCGAGAUGGCGGCCAACCUGAAGAGGCAGUUCCCAGGAGAGGAGAAGGCCAUCGAUGAGCUGAUGAGACUCAUGAAGGUGGCUGCACGGCGGGCGGCACUCAUCGCCUCCCUGAAAUUGAUCCCCUAUUGGCUGGUUAACUUCCUGAUUCGGACUGGCCUAUUAGAUCGCAUAUCAUCAGUGUUCCGCCUCGCUACCAGCAACCAUUCCGAAGUGAUAUCCCGCCUCACUCAGAACAAGGACCUUCAUGCUCUGUCUGCCUACCUGUUUUAUGGCGUCCCUCCUAAAGAGUCCAGUUUCCUCAUUAACGCCCUCCUCCUGCACCACUACAAGCGUGGCGCCUACUACCCACGGGGGGGCGCCAGCGAGUUCGCUUUCCACAUCAUCCCUGUCAUUCAGCAGGCAGGGGGCGCUGUGCUGGUCAGGGCCCCUGUGCAGCGCAUCCUGCUCAACCAGCAAGGAAAGGCCUACGGUGUGACGGUGCGUAAAGGACAGGAGGAGGUUGAGGUCCACGCCCCAGUUGUUAUCUCCAACGCAGGAAUCUUCAACACUUUCCAGAAGUUUCUGCCCAAGCACAUACAGGAGAAGUCAGAGAUCCAGUCACUGUUGGGUAUGGUGCGUCAUGGUAUGGGCUCCUUCCUGGUGUUUGUGGGUCUUGAUGGGACCAAAGAGGAGCUUGGCAUCGUCUCCACAAACUUCUGGAUGUACAAAGACAACGACCUGGACUCAAUAAUGGAGCGCUACUCCUCCCUGAGCAGAGAGGAGGUACUGGGGAACAUUCCCAUGAUGUUCAUCACCUUCCCAUCGGCCAAAGAUCCUACAUCCAACAUAAGACAACCUGGUAAGUCCUGCAUGACGUUGCUCACCAUGGCCCGGUACGAGUGGUUUGAGGAGUGGGAAGGGACAAAGAUGGGCAAGAGGGGACAGGACUACCUGGACAUGAAGAACAGCAUGGCCCAAGAGCUGUUGGGCUGGGCACUGAAGAUCUUCCCUCAGCUGCGAGACAAGGUAGUGAUGGUGGAUGCUGCCACGCCUCUGACAAAUGUCCACUACCUGGGCGCUCCGAGAGGCGAGAUGUACGGUGCCGAGCACAACCUGGAGCGCUUCGCCCCAGAGACAAUUGCCAAGACACGAUCACAGACGCCUGUGGAGGGACUCUACCUGACAGGUCAGGACGUGUUCUGUAACGGCAUGGCGGGCGCGCUGCAUGGCGGGCUGCUCUGUGCCUCUGCCGUCCUCAAUCAGAUCCUCUACAUCGAUCUACUGGCCCUGAAGAUGCGCCUCAAACAUAAACAGAAACGGGCCAAUCACAAGCCAGCCAGGCAGUGA